GGUGCAUGUCUGCGCACAAUAGCGCGACUGUCUCGCGCCACAGGUAGUAGCUGGACUCAGGUGUUGUAACACGACACUAAACCAUGUGAUCAGCGAUGAGAAUUUAGGAAGAAGAAGAAAAAAACAGCUCGAGCAUUCACUCAACACACUAGUAAAUAGGCUACCAACCGCACAAGACCACCAUUGAUAGCAGAGCAGGAUCUCGAAGGACAAUGUACUAUUAUUAUGAUGAGCAGGACGCCGGAGUAUUGCGCUAGUUUCGGUUUAAAUACUUCAUUUCACCGGUAAGGUGAGGCGGAACUGAGCUGCGGUCAGAUCUAUUGGACAUACAGUCUAUUCGUCGGAAAACAUCGUGGGUUAUGAAGGUGGAAACACAGCUUGCUAGAGACAGAUAGGACUAUUUUUAUUCUUUGAUCUGGGACAUGAUUUAUUGAUCACCUCUGCUCCACCCUACGAGGAGCGUCAGGCCCUUCUGGAUGAGGGUAGAGGUGCAGACUGACUCCAUCAAUCCAGAGAUGAUACGGCAGGUUGGGCUUUUGGCAGGGAGUUUUCUGCUGCUGCUUCUCAGGAAUGUUUCGGCCCAGGUAGAACCGACCACAAUGUCCAGUAACUCUACAACUCCCAGCGCAGGCCCUAAUAUUGUGGCCAUUGUGGUACCAACCGUGGUCCUGGGAAUGCUGGCUAUUUUAACAGCGGUUCUGUUGUUUCUGUUCUGCGUGGUAAAGAAGAAAAGACAGACGGAAGGGACGUACCGACCCAGUGCAGAGGAGCAGUCAGGAGUGCGUAGUGUAGAGACGCCUGACGCUCUGAAACUACCCAAGGAGGAGAGACUGAUUUAACACACUGGUUUAUGACUAAAAUACAGCACAUGAUAAAAGUGACUCAAUUCCAAAAUGGUUAAACGGAUAAACAUUUACUAAGGAACGUUUCUAAAGGCAAAAACUUAGCCCUAUGUUUUGGCUAAAGUCUGACUACUUGGAAGAAACUUGAAGGAACAGAUUGUCUCUCCAAAAGGCAACAUACUGAUCUGCACGUGUAUCUCUCUAGCAUUUUAUGCCAUUUUAGCCUGGUAGCUUUUCUCUGAAUAAUUCAUUUUGUGUUGUGUUAACUGUUUUAACUGUUGCUUUACACAUAAAAAUGCUGAUGUUUGUAUGUAGUGUAGAGAGAAAUUUAAAGGUAUAGCAUGUAAUUUCUGCACCCCUAGUGGCACAAAACAGAAUUGCAGUUUGUUUGUUUCACAUUCAGAAUGGGCCAGGCUUAAACGGGUUGGUUCAACCAAACAUGAAAAUUAUGCCAUCGUCUACUCAAGCUCAAGUUGUUCAAGUUGUUCUUCUGUUGACUAGAAUGAUAUUUUAAAAAUGUUGCUAACUGAACAAGUUGACAGUAGCUACAUAGUAUAGAAAAAAAAAAACAUACUAUGGAAGUUAAUGGCUACCGUCAACUUUUUGAUGACAAAAUUUUCAUUUCUGGCUGAAUUAUUACUUUAAAUGGCAUCAGCUUGACCAAUGGUGUGAUUCUGGGGGCGGGACUGUUUGACUGAACAGUGGACGCUAGUCAUUAUUAUUGCAUUUCUGUUUGUUGGCAUUGCAUUAUGCACACUACACCUUUAAAAAUGUAUUCAGAUCAAUUUGCUCACAAUAUAGAUGUUAGAUGUUCAUGCUCUCAUAUAUGUUUGUUGAAAACACUUUUCAAAGGAUUGAGAAAUGACAUUUGUCUUGAUUUACCUCAGUAAUGUUCUCAAUCUAAAUAAUUUAAUCUAGUAUUAAUUUUCCAGAAAUUUGAUCAGUGCAACAGUGAAUUCUGCUUGGAAUCAUUCUUGAUUCUUUUAUCAUAGCAUGAAUGUUUACAUUCAAAUAUUUCAUGCAUUUUUUUUUACUGGAGUACCUUUUCAAAUUUCAGCUUUUUAGAAUCUGUUAAAUCAUGCCGUUUAAAUUUAAGAUUAAAAGGCACAAAGGUCAUGCUAUAUUGUGAAUAUGAUAAAUAUAAAUGUUAAUGGGUUUUGUUAUGCCCAGCAGUCACUAUAUUUACAGAGCAGCACGGCCAAGUGCCUUUGCUUUUAUAAAACUGUUAUUCUAUAUUAAAAAGUUCAAGACACGGGACAAAUUAUCAUUAAAACAUUAUUUUAUUAA